GUGGCCAAUGAAGCCACCGGAAAUUUCCUUGAGGAUCGGUGUCAGUCGUGUUUACAUUUACAUGAACACGAUUGUCCCACGUGUUCUGUGAAAUCCACUGAAUGGAAUGUUCCUAUCGAAAUUCAUUCUGGAAAUACGCAGAAGUUGUGAUAGUAUUCCUGGUGGUCACUGGCUUGACCGCACGUGGUGUACAUGACCUCUCAUUGAAAAACAAUAGAAAUCAGAUCCUCCAUCCAUUCAAAACAGCCUUUCUUUCUGCUUUCGCCAUGAAUUUUAUCAUUGUCGCUUCUGUCUUCUCCAGCAUUGCUGCUGCUCAGGCUUACAAUGCCCCUGAGCAGGUCAAUGUCCAGGCCAGCCUAAUCUCCGACCCCAAGAUGGUCGCCGGAAAGACUGUUGACUAUAUCGUCACCGGUGGUGGUCUAACUGGUCUAACAGUUGCUACCAAGCUGUCUGAGAACCCCAAAAUCAACGUUCUGGUCAUUGAGAAGGGGUUCUACGAAUCCAAUGAUGGACCGAUAAUUGAAAAUCCUAAUGAUUAUGGUCACGUCUUCGGCAGCUCGGUAGACCAGAACUACCUCACCGUUUCCAUGGACAUUAAUAACAGCACAUUGAACAUUAAAUCCGGCAAAGGUCUCGGCGGAUCGACCUUGAUCAACGGUGAUUCUUGGACGGGUCCCGACAAAGUUCAAAUUGAUUCAUGGGAGACUGUCCUCGGUAACCCCGGCUGGAACUGGCACAACCUAAAGGAGUACAUGAAGAAGGCUGAAGUCGCCCGCUACCCAACCUCCAUCCAAACUGCUGCCGGUCAUUUCUUCAACGCUUCUUGCCACGGGUUCAAUGGUACUAUUCCAGCCGGGCCCCGUGACGAUGGUCGGUCCUACUCUGUCCUCAUGAGAGCCCUUAUGAACACCACUGCAGCCAUGGGAGUUCCCACCCAGGGUGACCUCCUUUGCGGUCACCCCCGCGGUGUCUCCAUGAUCUACAACAACUUGUUGCCCGAUCAGACCCGUGCCGACGCUGCCCGCGCGUGGCUUCUUCCAAAUUACCAGCGGCCCAACCUGCACGUUCUUACGGGCCAGAUUGUUGGCAAAGUCCUUUUCAACCAGACCGCAGCUGGCCCUAGGGCUGUUGGUGUUAAUUUCGGUACCAAUAAGGCCGUCAACUUCGAGGUCUACGCUAAGGAGGAGGUCCUAUUGGCCGCCGGCUCUGCCAUCUCCCCGUUGAUUCUCGAACAUUCUGGUAUCGGUAUGAAGACCGUCCUCGACCAAUUCAACAUUACCCAGCUUGUCGACCUUCCCGUUGGUCUCAAUAUGCAGGAUCAGACUACUACCACUGUUCGAGCACGAGCCAAGCCAUCCGCUGACGGCCAAGGCCAGGCCGUGUACUUCGCCAACUUCACUGAGGUCUUCGGUGAAAGUAGCCCCAUGGCAGUCGGGUUGCUCAACACCAAGCUGGAUCAGUGGGCUGACGAGACCGUUGCCCGUGGUGGCUUCCACAACGCUACUGCGCUCAAGAUUCAGUAUGAGAACUACCGUAACUGGCUCCUCAACGAGGACGUUGCCUAUGCCGAGCUGUUCAUGGACACCAACGGUAAAAUCAACUUUGACUUGUGGGAUCUCAUUCCCUUCACCCGCGGCUCCACCCACAUCGCUCAUGCCGAUCCAUUCCUCCAGUCAUUUACCAACAAUCCCCAGUUCUUACUGAACGAGCUUGAUCUCCUUGGUCAAGCUGCUGCUUCUAUGCUUGCACGUAAGCUCCAAAACAGUGGCGAGAUGUCCAACUAUUUUAAUGGCGAGGACAUCCCUGGUGCCGACCUUUUGCCCUACAACGCUACCCUGGACGACUGGGUUGAAUAUGUCAAGCAGAAUUUCCGUGCCAACUGGCACGCUGUAUCCACCUGCUCCAUGAUGCCCAAGGAGCUUGGUGGCGUUGUUGACUCUGCCGCUAAGGUCUACGGCACCCUCGGCCUUCGAGUUAUCGAUGGUUCUAUUCCGCCCACCCAGGUGUCAUCCCAUGUCAUGACCGUCUUCUACGGAUCGCAACUCCAUGCAAUUUGCCUAUCUCACUCAGUCCGUAGUUUCGUAUGGGUUGUUUGUCUUUGAAUUUGUACUAGACUUGAUAUAAGAACUAUAUUGAUAUAGCAAAUACAACUCAUUCCUUCGGUUGACUAAGACGAUAUUCAGAUAUAUAUCUUUAGACUAUCCGUAAAGCCGAAAACGCC